CGCCACUUCAUGAGUUUAGUAACAUUGGCGAGUGACAAGGAGUACUAAUUUAAGCAACUCUGAUUGGAACGAAAUUUGACAUUUGUAGAGAACGAAAAAAUUUCUCGGUUGAGAGUUACCAAAAUUCAGGUGUCACAGAUUUGAGAACGAAAAAAAGUUCACCAUUUGAAUUACCAAAAUGACUAACGCUCCUGCUGUUUCCAACAAUGCUCCCCUUAUGCGCGGCUUGCAUAAUGCCCAAACAAAACGUGGUUUGGCCAUUGCUAUUGGUUUGACUGCCGUCGUCACAACAGCUUUCAAACUGUUUGUGAAUAACCCCAAAAAAGAAGCCUACGCUGAAUUCUACAAGAACUACGAUGCGCAGAAAUCUUUUGAACGCAUGAAGGCCAAUGGUCGCUUCCAAUCAUGCUAAAUACAGUGUUUUGUAUCUGUAUGACGGGGAAGCAUUUAGCUAAUUAUCGCUAGUUCGUAGCUUUAAAACAGUAUGAUUGAAAUGAAAUAAAAACAAGAAAUCUGUGAAA